AUUAUCCUUUUCCAAGCAGUUUAAGAGUCCAUAUACAACGCAACGGCUGAUAACAAUUAAAAUUUGUUAUCAUAAAUUGGCUAGUUGUAAAAAUAACAUUCUGAAAACUCAGAGAAAAAUGGGUUUGGCAGAGUUAAGAGGAAAUAUAUCUCUCGCACUGCACCAAAUGAACAAUGCUUCAAUACUCGACGACACUGUUCUCAACGUCUGCCUGAACCACAUUUCUCUGGCUCUCUUUCAAGCUGAUGUACAUUUCAAGCUUGUCUCUCACAUCCUAACUAAUAUCAAAAACAUUGCUCAUAACCACCGUCUAGUGGCGGCCCCCGACAAGCGCAAGAUCGUCCAUCAAGCAAUAUUUAAGGAAUUCUGCAAAGUUUUGGAUACCGGGAAGCCUCGUUUUACGCCGGAGAAAGGGAAAACGAAGGUGGUUCUGUUUGUUGGGUUACAAGAGUGCGGGAAAACCACAGCAUGUGCUAAAUUUGCACACUAUUAUCGGAAUCGAGGUUGGAAUCCUGCUCUUGUGUGUAAUGAUACAUUCAGUGCCACUUCUUAUGAUCAGCUCAUGCAAAUAGCUUUGGAAGAUAAAAUUGCAUUUCAUGGAAGUCUUAGGGAAUCGGAUCCUGUCAAGAUUGCAGUUGAAGGAGUGCAAAGAUUCAAGAAUGAGAAUUUUGAUCUUAUAAUUGUUGAUACUGGCGGACGCCAUACACAGGAAGCUCUUCUUUUGGACGAAACGCGUAGAAUUUCUGAUGCAAUUAAACCAGAUCUUGUUAUAUUUGUAACGGAUAGCAGUACGGGUCAAAUUGCAUUUGAUCAUGUUCAAAUCUUCAAAGAGAGUGUUGCAGUUGGAGCUGUAAUUGUUACCAAAAUGGAUGUUCAUGACAAGGGUAUCGGCACUCUUACAGCGUUUGCAGCCACAAAAAUUCCUGUCGGAUUCAUCGAAACAGGAGAAAGUAACGAUGAAUUUGAAGUCUAUGAAGUUGAAUCUUUUGUUAAUUACCUUUUAGGAACAGACGAGUUACAUGGAUUACUAAAGGAGAAAACCCUCGAUGAUGAUCAUGAUUUUGUUCUUUCGGACAGAGAGCUCGAGUAUUUAGAUGAGUAUAAUUUAAGAUUAUUCUAUCAGGAUUUCCAACGGACACGUGAAAGUCGUAAACUUACGAAGGGAAGAAAACCUGAGUUUAAAUUGUACGUUGAGCCACCAAAAGUAUUCCCGGAAGCAAAGGAGAAGUCGAUAUUGGAAGGCCUCAGUGACAAUAAGAAGAAUCGGAUAAAGUUCAACUGCUUUUUGAGAAUCAUGGAUUCAAUGACAAAUGAAGAAUUGGAUGAUCCGAACCUUAUGAACUGUUCAUGCAUCAUGAGGAUCGCUAAGCGAUGCGAUGCUUAUGUAAGUGAAGUAAUGGAUAUGCUGGAAGAGUACAAGCUGAUCGCUCGAAAUUUUCCCAAGGUUGUGAGCGCAUUUUCUGACCUUCUUGAUCACAUUGAGAAAAUUAAUGCCAUCAACCUUAUUAAUUUUAUGGAGAAAAAUAGACUUUCCAACCCCAGCCACUCUUAGUGUUGAUAUAAUUGGCCAAACAUACCAGUAGACUGCAGUUGAUCAAAUUUGUCCUUUUAAGUUUUAGGUAUGAAUAAAUUUGUAGCUCUGGUUUCUUAUUCCCACUGUCAAAUUAGUAUGUAAAAUAGAAAUUAAUAAAUAAAAUAAAAAUUAUCUAAUAUUAUUUCAUUAAA